ACUCGCGCUCUAUCCAAAAUACGGUUCGGUAUAGUUGUUAAUAACUUACAUUGAAGGCGUUGUAAUUAUUGACUUUAUCUAUUCUUUUUUUCGGCUUUGCUAAUUUUUCAUAUCUUGGUACAUUAUCUUGACAGGCAUCCGUGUUCAUAUCGUUCAUUUGAUCGUUAAAUUAUUAUUUAAUUCAAGAUUUGCAAUGCUUGAAAUGACAAUAGAAAAUUUAAAGUAAAUUGUGAUAAGACAGAAAAUUUUGAAAACUUUAUUUUAAAUAUGAUAUGUGACAGUGAAGUGAUCGUAAAAUAAGAUAAUUGCAAACUUCAAUUCUUUUCGGCAAUAGAUCAGUAACUGUGAACAAAAUCUAUUUUAUUGUGAAAUUAAUCUUUUAAAUUAUUGUUGUAAGAUGUUCAAAACGGAAGAUAAAAUAACGGAAAAAUCUGUCAUCAAAAAGCCUCGUAAUAAACGAAAAACUUAUUGGUGUGCUCCUAGGAAAGUGAAAAGUACAAAUAUCCUAGAAAAUAUCGACAAUUCCUUACAAGACAAAAAGAUGAAAAAAAGACAUCAUAAAAAAAAACGGAAAUCUGUAAGAAAUAUGAGACGUAUCGAUAUCUUAGCACAACCUAAAUCUAUGAAACAUGAACUACAACAUAAGAGACAUCUCUCUAACGCAAACUGUUCUGUCAGAAAAUAUAAUGCUGUAAAAAAAUCUAUUUCAUCGAAUCAGAAAAUUAUCACUUAUCCACAUAAAACUUUAAAAACGAAGAAAUUUAAAGGAGCGCAUCAAUCAGGAAAUUCUAUGAUGAAUAUAACAUUAAAAGAUUCACCAAUUAUAUUACCGAAGAAAAUAGGUGUUCGAUUAUUUUCCUUAGUGAAAAAGAGACUUAAAGAACUGACAAAUAGCAAAAAGUUGUGAGAAAAAAUACAUGGAAAAUGAAGGGUUAAAAAUUACACAUCAAUAUAAGGGAUUAUGAAAUGUAGAAUUCAUAUAAUUUUGGAUAAAAUGAAAAGAUAGUAAGUAAGACAAGAUAAGUAAGACAUCAUAAAUCUAUCUUUUAUUCAAUAAGUAUAAAAAUAUUAAUGGACGGCAUAAUAACGGUAACAUUAAUGAACGACAAUUAUUACAUGCAGUAAAAUCUUAUCUUAUAAAAUGUCGAAAAAGGACGGAAUAUUAUCUUAGUCUUAAAUUCGCAAAAUGAUAAUAUAAAUAUUAUGGAAAACUAUUUACUACAUUACCAUAUUUACUUAGUUAAUGAUGUAUCUGUAUAUAAAGUACAAAAAAUAUAAUUAAUUUGUGAACGUAUUCCAUACAAAUGCACUAUUAAGGCACUGGUAAAUAUAGCUAAAUCUUUUAAAAAUUUUUCUUUUUCAUCAAAUGCACAUACUUAUAUUAUAUUAUUUAACAAAGAUUCAUUUGUUCAAAAAAAAAAAAUUGUCGAAUCUUUUAUCUACUAAACAUAUAAGUAAGUAUAAUCAUAACUAUCGUAGAUAAUAUUGAAUGUCUUAUAGCUGAUGCACCAGCUCUACAAUCUACGAUUCUUCUAGCUCUCAUAAAAUCUGGACCUAAAUACGCACUAAAUUCUCUUUUUUCUGGUGGUAUUAUCACCAAUUGUUGCGUAGCAUCUUGGAAAAUCAAAUCACUGUAAGGUGGCGGACUGUAAAACAUACUAAAACUAAAUUCGUCCUGUUCUUUUCUACCAUAAAAUUGUUGAGCAUAAAUAAAUAAAUUUAUAUAAGCGUU